AUGGAAUGCGUAUCACAGUCGCUAACAAGCUAUUCGUUGCUCCGAUGCAUCGUGUCUGCGGCGCAGUUUGCUGGUGGUGAGCUCAGUUUUGGCGCACACUGUGCCGAGCUCAUUGCCAUGGAUGUUGAAGGCGAAACCACUACACCAUUGCGCAUUCACUACGAUGACCUUAUUCACUUCCGUGUCGUGCGGGAGCAACAGUUGAUGCGCAUAGAGCUUCCACGAGUCACUGUACAAAAGUGGGCAGAAUCCAACGGAUUUGCUCUGGAGCUCGGUGCUGGUGACGACGGUCAUGCUGUCGCGGAUGGCGGUAGGUACGAGGGGACAUGCGCUCUCGUUCAGCAAUUGAGCGUGGACGACAUGGCACACUUCCUACAAUGCAUCGCCCCCGUGGUAGCAGCGAGCAGGCGGACACGGUCGCUCUCGCGUGUUAGUAUCACAGAGGUGCUCCCACUGAGUUACUGUCCACAGAACCCCGACGGUACUGAAGUUGUCAGCGCUACAGAAUCCUCUUCACGCGGUGUUGACUGUGGGAGUGACGGAGAAGGAAGCUGUGACAACUCCAAGGAUGAAGAUUGUAAUCGUCCAAACUCGGUGUUGCGGGAUGGGGCAGCGGCUAGCGAUAAAGAUAAUUCGCAUUGUCCUUCAGUCUCUCUUCUCAGCGCCCCAAAACCGGGAAGGCCAUCUUCGGCUUCUGCGUCCCUGUCACAGAGGGCGUCGUGUAGUGCAGAAACUGGAUCUACACAGCGCGAACCCAUGAGACAUGCAAGGAGUGACCGGGGGCUGAGCACCACAACUUCCGCUCUCUCGGAAAGAAAAGGAGCGACAGUGGAGGUUAACGAAAAACUUUUGUGCCGCUUGGAGAGUGUGGAUCUUUCGUCUGACGCUUCGGGGGCAAAAUUCUCCCGUGCAUCUACUGUACAGCGCAGCCAACUGCUUGCUUGUGAGCCGUCUCGACUGGGAGGUGGGGGGGAUAAGGAAAAGGAGGAGACAGAGGCGAUUCCGGGUGCUGCUUCUGUAUGUGGGGAAAGCGAGGCGGCAGCUUCCGAUAUGGCUAUCCUUGUCCGUAAAUCCCGGUCCAAGAAGGGGCGAUCAUCCACCGAGGGCCAUCUGUUCAAUACAGAGAAAUGCGUAAAGGAUGACCCAACAGCAUUAGAUGAAGACCCGCAAACUCCACUAAAACGAGGCAAGCGAGUGCGGGGGCGACCGGCACCUCAGACCCGCCGUGGCCAGCUUGUCGUCCCACUCUCCCUACAAGAAGCGACGGUUUCGGUACCUCCACCAGCUGCAGAGCGGCCGCCGAGGGGAAAGGAGUGUCCCACGAACAAUACGGUACCAUUUAAAGGCACACCUGCUUCUGCCCUUCUCGAGGUUAGUAAAAGUAGUGGGAACGCCGAUAACAAUAGUGCCACUGAGGCAGCCGCAGCAUACAACUUCGCCGACGUUAUUACAGCUCCCAGCGCUGCUGAUCAUCUUCCCGUAACGUCGGACACCCACAAGUUACUGGCAGACUUGCAUGCGGUUUUGCCUGGGCGCCGCCGCCCUACGGCAAAACGCGCGGGAACGCGGCAGCAACCGUCGCGCCGUCCUACAGCAAAGGGACGUACAAAGGCCAUCUCAACCGCAGAAGCGACGAAAGUCGCAACUCCACCGCCGAAAGCAACGGCGCUUACGACUCAAGAAAAACAUAUAAUAUCACCGAAGGCACCGGCACGUACUGCAAGCCGUAACCCUUCUUUCGAUCCUAUCAAAUCCCCGGUCCCAUACCAGGCUACUACAGGUUCCGCUGCAUCCGAAUACGAGACCCCGCUCAUCAACCCGCGGGCAUUUUACCUAUCACGCGAAGCUCAUCGUGAACCAAGCCCGUUGGCGCAAGACGUGCAGAACACAGAUGUUUCUAAUGAUCCACACGACAACCAGCCGCAACUUCCCGGGGAAUCUCUGUUGAAUGGAUGUACAGAUUCAGCGUACGCGACGCAGAAGGCAGGUCGCCUGCCUUCAGGACAAUAUUCGUUUUGCACGCUCUCUCCGUUGAGUGAGUACCACGUGGAUGCUUCGCUGCUACCGCCUACCGACAACAUCCGCACCGACGUUGGUGCGACUCUAGGGAACGCGUCUCCAUCCACUGCAUGUACUGAAACUGACGAGACAUCCGGUUUAUUCCGCGAACGUGGGAAGUUCGUAUCACCUAAGGGUGUGAAAGGGCAAAAGAGGCUGAAAACUAAAAUGAAGCGUGGAGGAGUGCAUAUGCGGCCACCCACCCCUGGGACAUCUUCGGUUGCUUCUAAACUACAUCGUCACCACCUCUACCGUACAAAGAGGCGCGGAGGGUCUGCAUCACCACCGCUCGCGUCUGCAGCUGCCAUUGUUACAGCAACCACAUGCGCACAUUCGCGCAAGAACCGUUGGCGGCAGGUUGUCCGGCAGCUGAACAAUCUUUCCCUGUGUCUUACGAAAGCGCGCGCUUGCGGGGAGGAACUUCGGGGUCUUUUUCUGCUAAUGCUCGAAGACGCUGAAAUUUGA